AUGCAGCAUGAGCAGCUGCCGGGACAGGCCGUGCAGCUCUUGCGCGUGGCAGCAGAGGAAUCAGUCGAUGCGGGAGUCCGGCAUAUGGCAGCCAUCAACUUUAAAAACUUUGUAAAGCGGAGUUGGGAUAAGUCAGAAGCGCAUGAAACUCUGCAAGGCGGGACAUCAACGCAGUAUGUCAUCCCGGACUCGGACAAGGAGGUUGUUCGACAGAACAUCCUGGAGGCUAUGAUCCGUGCUCCUCACAACAUUCAGUCUCAGCUGUCCGAGGUGUUCAAGAUCAUUGUCUACUGCGACUACCCCGAGCAGUGGCCGGGGCUGCUGCAGGCGCUGUACGGCAACCUCUCGGCGCAGAGCCGUGUCCACGGGGGGUUGUUGGCUCUGCGGCUGCUGGCUCGCAAGUACGAAUUCCGUGACGAGGAGGAGCGGGCUCCCCUGGAGGGAAUCAUCACCACCGCCUUCCCGCUGCUGCUGCACAUCUUUAGGCAGCUGCUGGCGGCGCCACCCAGUGCGCAGAUCUCCGGUUACAUCAAAUUGGUAUGUAAGACGUUUUGGUCGUCCACCUACAUGGGUGUGCCUGCUGCCCUGCUGGAGCCGGAGACCUUCACCGGCUGGAUGGGCGCCCUGCACUCCGCACUGACCCAGGCGGAGCCGGCGGAUGUCGCCUCCCUGGACCCCAACGACCGGCCCGCCGCCCCUUGGUGGAAGGCCAAGAAGUGGGUGCUGCACAUCACCUACCGUCUGUACAACAGGUAUGGUCAGCCGAAGAACUGCCGCGAUGGCACGGAGAAGCCGUUUGCCGAGCUGUACGCGUCUGAGUGCAUGAUGCACUUCUUGGAUGCCCACCUGGGCCUUAUGUCCCAGCUGGCCCAGGGGACGUACUUCAGCCCCCGCUGCACCAACCUGCUGUUCCAGUACAUGAGCCACGCGGUCAACCUGCCCUCGUGUUACAAGCGAGUGGGCUCCUCCUGGGACCAGCUGCUGCACCACGUGGCCUUCCCGCUCAUGGCCUUCAACGACGAGGACGCCAGGUUGUGGGCGGAGGACCCCCAGGAGUACAUCCGCAAGGGUUACGACAUCCUCGAGGACAUGUACUCGCCCAAAACUGCCGCAGCCAACUUUGCUCACGACCUGUGCAGCAAGAAGCGCUCUCAUCUGGAUGCUUUUAUGAGCCUGGUGGCGGGGCUGCUUUCGGGUUUUGGUCGUACAGUAGGAGAGGGCGGAGUGCCCACCGUGGCGGAGGCGCGGAGGGUGGACGGGGCGUUGCUGGCGGUGGGCUGCCUGGCGCCCCUGCUCAAGUCCAAGAAGCCGUACAAGGACCAGCUUGGCCCCAUUAUGGCGACGUACGUGAUGCCGUGCUUCACUUCGCCUCACGGCCACCUUCGUUCCAAGGCGGUGUGGGUCAGUGGCGUGUUUUGCGACACGACGUUCCCCGACGGCACCAACCGGGGACCCACCUACAUGCGCUUCUUUGAGCAGGUCGCCCGCUGCUUGGGCGACCCCGAGCUGCCGGUGCGUGUGGACGCGGUGGUGUCCCUCCGUCACUUUCUGGAGGAGAUGGAGGAUGUGGAGCCCGUGGCGCCCGCACUGCCCCAGCUACUGAACUCCAUAUUCGGACUCAUGAACCAGGUUGAUAACGAGGACCUGGUGUUUACGUUGGAGGUGUUGGUGGACAAGUUUGGGGACAAGAUCGGGCCGUACGCCGUACAGAUGGCUUCCCAACUGACGAGUGCGUUUUGGAAGUACUGCGCUGUGGCAGACGAGGAUGCUGAGGGCGACGAGGAUACGGCUGGCAUUGCCGCGUUUGGCUGCAUGCGGGCCCUGAACACGUUGCUGGAGAGCUGCAGCGACCAGCCCGCGUUGGUUGCCUCUCUGGAGGAGGUGCUGUAUCCGCUGAUGCACAGGAUGCUGUCCACGGAGGGACAGGAUGUGUUUGAGGAGGUCCUGGAGAUGCUGUCGUAUUUGACGUACUAUGGCCAGUCCAUCAGCGAGAGGUUGUGGGCCCUAUGGCCCCAGAUUGAGGCGGCGGUCAACGAGUGGGCGGUGGACUACUGGGAGAACAUCCUGGUGCCUCUGGACAACUUCAUCAGUCGGGACCCGGAGCGGUUCCUCUCCUCGACUACCCCCGACUACCGCGCCAGCCUGUUCGGCAUGGUGCAGGGCGCUCUGAAGGGUGACUUUGGGGAGCGCGAUGUGGUGCCAGCGGUCAGAUUGUUGGAGGUGGUGUUGCAGAACUGCCGCGGCAGGGUCGACCCGUGGGUCGGUCCCUACCUGCAGCUGGCGUUGGGGAAGCUACAAACCGCCACCAACCGCACGCUCAAGGACGCGCUCGUCCUGGUGGUCGCGAACGCGCUGUACUACAACGCCGCUCUGGCGCUGAGUGUGUUGGUCCAGAUGGGCGUCGUGGGGCAGUUCUUCACGGCGUGGUUUGCCGCCAUUUUUGCCAACAAGAAGUCGGGCAAGCCGAAGCAUUUUCGUCGCAUGCACGACAAGAAAGUUUGCGUGUUGGGCCUUGUGUCGAUGCUGGCGGUUCCGGAUGAGGCCCUACCCGGGGAGAUUACUGCGGGGUUGGCUCAGGCGGGCAUUAUGCGGCUGCUGCUGGCUCUGAAGGAGCAGCAGGCGGAAAUGGAGGAGGCGGCCAAGGCGGGAUCGGACGACGAGGAGGAUGAGGAGGAUGACGAGGACGAGGAUGGAGGCGAGGACGUUGGGGAGGAGGACGAGGAGGUGCGUCUCGUUGGUCUGAACAAGGCUCUUCGACGAGGGGCCCGGGAUAUCCUUGACGAUGGCAGUGAGGGCUCGGAUGACGAGUUCACGGACGAUGAAGAGGUUCGCACCCCCAUAGAUCCCGUGGACCCUUUCGUGUUCUACGCGGACGCCCUCUCCGGUCUGCAGCAGCACAUGCCCGCCAGGCACCAGCAGCUCAUGGCCACGUGUGACGCCAACACGCAGGCGGCUCUAGCGGGUAUGAUGGCAUAUGCGGCGGAGCUGAAGAACAAGCCGACCGCAAUAGGGGACGGGACGAAGUAG